UAGCAAAGCCGCAAGAUGGCUGGGCCAAGCUGGCUGGAGCGGUUGCGCGCGGCUCGCAAGACCGCCCUGCUCACGGAUGGUAAACGAAAAAUCCAUUACUUGUUUGAGGAUGGAAAGGAGAUGGCAGAAGAGUAUGACCUGAAAACACACCAGCUGCUCUUAAGAAAAUGGAGAGAGAAGAAUGCCCUGGGUGCAUAUGGCAACUGGGAGGUUGAAGUGGGAGAACCCAAAUUGUUUGCAGCAGGUGCAUUGGACCGUGAACUCAUAAAGGAGAGCAGUACCAAUCCUGUCUUUAUGCGAAAAGACACCAAUAGCAGUUUCCAGUGGCGGAUCCGAAACCUGCCAUAUCCUAAGGACGUCUACAGUGUUUCAGUAGAAAAGGAUCAGCGCUGCUGUGUGGUCCACACAACAAAUAAGAAGUACUACAAGAAAUUCACCAUUCCUGAUUUAGACAGAUUCCAGCUGCCUUUGGACAGCACUGCUUUGAGCUUUACUCAUGCCAACAAUACAUUGAUCAUCACAUAUCAAAAGCCAACAGAAAUACUGGCUGCAGAAGAGGAGCUGCAAAAAGAGCUAAAGAAGAUCAAAGCUGCUAAUAAUGGGGAAGGAGACUGCAAGACACAGUAGUCAACAAUUGCAGAAUGCAUUGUCUGUACAUAUUAAAUAAAUGUGCUGAACAGGGAUCAUUCAUUCAUUCUGUUUAUACCCUGCCACGAUUCUACAGGAGUCUGGGUGGAUUACAAACAUUAAAAUGUUGCAGUUGAAUAGUAUCUAAAAACCUAAAAUGAAACAAACUGGAAAACCCAAAAAUCCAGAAAGGACCUCUUAAGGAGGGAAUAUGCCACAGCCUCUAAGACUCCCAGCAGCACCUACUCUAGCUGCUGCAUUGACAAUCUUCUAGAUCCAGGGAAUAACACCCACCCACCCCUGACUACCCUCAGUGUGCUUCACAAGCUGCACUGGAUGCCAGUUUUUUUCCAGGUGCAAUUCUAGGUGCUUGUUAUGACCUAUAAAGCCUUACAUGGCACAAGGCCUGGUUACUGGAGGGACCAUGGUAUCACCUGUGGUGUCAGCCCAGCUGGCUCAAUCUGGCAAGGUUUAUGUGCUACAGGUUCCUUUGAUCAACCAGUGCUGUCUAUUGGGAUCUCAGAAGCAUGCCUUCUCUAUCAUGGUGCCUACACUCCAGAAUGGGGUUCCUCCUAAAACCCAGCAGGCUGCCACCCUGAUGGCAUUCUGGCAGGUCUUAAUGACUUGGCUGUUCUCUGAGGCUUCAGGCUAGGGUGGUUGGAGCCCCUUGCUGGGUGUAUGGUAUGUGUUGUUGACCAGAUGUGCCAUUUUGUUUAUUGCUAUGUCUUUUUCUGUAUUGUGUUGCUUUAUGCUUGAGCAGUCCAGAAUCAAUUGGAGUCAGACAGGGUCUACACUGAUAAAUACAUACCUGAAGCAACUGUGAGGGACAAGGGUCCAGACCACAGGUAACAGAGGACAUCCUAGAGAGCACCUAAAGAAUCCCAGUUAACCCGGCAAGACAUUUCAAUCAAAACUAGACAAUAUUGAGGCAGAGCCAAGAAAAUCUGAACAGCUUUAUGGCAAAGUGCUAUGCUAACUGGUCACAACAGCUAGGAGGAACCUCUUGCAAUUGGCUCUUUCCCCAAAGGGAAUUAACCAUCCUGAAAAUAGCUUCUGGAUGAUAGCCUGCCAAUACAAGAGAGGAGAAGUAGGAAUGCUUCACCUCUCUUAUAACUAUGGUACAGACUCAAAUCUGGGCAUAUACUUGUGCUCAGUUUCAUUCUUUGUAUUCCUCCACCUAUUUUCCAGGCAUUGCUGCCUAUGCUUCCAAUGGCACUCCAAAAACCAGGGGCCACCCAGGAUAAGCCAACAGAGAAUGGCUGCUCAGAAGCAAUUUCACUGAGGGCUCAAGUUGCCUCAUGUUGUUAGCAGUGAAUCAGGCACUCAGUAGACUCAUGUAUCAGAUUGUCAAGUGCCCACCAGAAACUAUCCAGAUCCAAAAGUGCCUGAGGUGGACCCUCUGAAUGGGCAUGACCAUGUGGAGGUCAUGAGUAGCCAUCAGUUGAAGCUAGACCAAGAAAUGAUCUGACCAUGACAAAGGGGUAAUGGUAAUACUUUCCAUAUCCAGGCUUCAACUGGUCUGAAGCAAAAACUAGGUGCAAUACAUGGCCACUAUGUGUAUUAGUCCAAAAUUACCUGGGACAAGCCCAUGGUUACCAUAAUAUGGCCAGUUAGUAUCUUCUGCCAUAUCACCCCUGGUCCAACACUGCUAGGAUAUAGCAGCUACACUCCCAUUCACACAACUUGCUCACCCCAUGUAAAAGCUGGUAUUAACUCAAUUCCCAAACUAAAACAUCACCUGUCACUCAACCUACUGAUGGAGUCAGCAACUAGGCAAACCACUCAACCAAACCCCUAAUCAACAUUUUGCAGUUUUACUUAGCAAACCGCUUCACUUAAUGACCAAGUUGCAGGUCCCAAUUGUGGUCGCUAAACGACUAGCUGUAAUUUUCAGCGCAUUCUAGUAUGCCUAUACAAGGUGAUGUGAAUAUAGUACACACAUACUUUCUCCCACUGUCUUGGGCACUACCUCCUUACUUCUCUGACCCUUACCCUUACUGGGGGUCAGUAUUUCUUCACUCCCCUUGGCUCUCACCUGAGAGACUGCCCCCUUCCAGUUAUAGGAGAACAAAUCACCCCUCUAGGCAGCAGCAGGAUAUCACCAGCAGGUGCAUCCAAAACACUGGCAUCAUAGGAGUUCCCCAGGAAACUACAUCCACCACCUCAGGCCUUGCAACACUGGACUACUAGUAGGUGUAGUCCCAAGGUCCCUUGUCCAACUCCCAGCAACCUGAAUGCCCCACAUUCUGCUCUGUGCCAACUGGCAACUCUCAAGUAUCUGAAUGGCUGAUUUAGGCAGAUGAUUAGAGACCUAAAAUCCCAACCUGCUGCCAGCCCACUGAGGCCCCUCAAUCUGGCCACUAUUGCCACCUUAAUGGAGGAGGGAACUCCUUCCUGGAAAGUCUCAAAUCUAGUCCUAAGUCCUAUCAAAUACCACUCUCCCUCCCUCCAGUCCAGUUCCACUACCCCCCUGUUGUUGUAGGUCUGGGAGAUAGAGAAUAACACAGUAGUUCUGUUCCAUUUCUGUCACUGUCAACAUUGCCAUAUCUGGAAUUUCUGAAGUCAAUUUCAGGGCCAACUCCUAGCAUCUGCUUUUAAAGUUUGUUUCCAAAAUUACAUAGCCACUUUCUUAUACUAUAGGAUGUGAUUUGUCUUAUAUUUUUAUUACUUAUCCUGAGGCCCUAUUAAGUUUAUCUCUUACAGCAUACCAGCAUUUGAACCACAGUGAUAACCCUAUGCAAAUAUUUUGUUUUAAAAUAAAAAGAUUUUCAUGAUAUUGUCCUUGUUUCCCAAUCCUUCAUGCAUGGAAGAAUAUCCAAAGUGUGUAAUCCAAUUUGUUCAUC